GUUCCCACUCGGUGAUUUUAGUAGCCGGAAAACUGAACUGGUGGACACACUCCUUUUUUUACUUUGGCCAAGGAUAGGUUGAAUUAUUUUGCUGUACACUCAGUCGUUUUAAACAUUUUGUGCAAUUGUGACACUUAAUUGAGUGUAUAGUUUUUGUUUUUCGUUAGAGGAGUGUCUGUUGGGAAUAAUAAAAAUAUUGAUUCGAUUGUUGGGCCAUUCGUGGUGCUAUACGUUAAACUGUAUACUACAGCGAGAAUUUUGUUGUUUUAAUUGAAAAUAUUAUGUGCUAAGAAUGGAAAUCUAUCACGCUUCAGGAUGAUCGGCGCGAUUUUGCUUGUACUUCCGUUGGUUCAAGUUAUCAGUACUACGGUAGCGCAAUCUCCAUGUCCAAAUUACUUCUAUUACUAUCGCGAUGAGAAAACUAAUGAUCUUAUGGGUUGGAUUUCCAUACCACAACCACCAAAAGACGUAACCCUUCACUUAGUAGUUCAUUUCAGUAUUGCUACGGCCAUACCUACGAAUUAUGUAGGUCGAUUACAACUGGCAAGAUCUAAAGAGGAAUCAAUACGUGCGGUGGAAGCAGGCAAUUCAUUGACAUACAAAAUUCACUUUCCUGUUCGCCAACCCAUUCCUUUGUUAACAAAACUCUUAUUCAAUGAACAGGAAUAUUGUGUGGGUCCAAAAGCAAUCGGUUCGAUAGUGACAUCCAUAGAACUGGAACAUACAUUAUUCCCGCCAAGGAUGAUAUCUCUGGCGCAAGACGGACCAGUGCCAAUACCAAAUCCAUCAAAUAACUCAAUAUCACGAUUACCUAAUCUAAAUUUAGUACCUAGUGUAAAACCAGACUCUACGCCGUACACUGGCACAGGAAAUGCUUUUCCAAUUGUGAAACCAGGAGAAGAGACCUGCGGUCUUCCUAAUGCGAAAAGUAUAAAUCUUCUUAUUGCAAAAGGUGACAAGGUAUUACCGGGAAGGUGGCCAUGGUUGGUUGCAAUUUUCCUGGUGAAAAUAGAAUUUGAAUUUCAAUGUGCUGGCAGUCUCAUUACUGAGAAACACGUAAUUUCUGCUGCCCAUUGUUUCGAGCUAAGCGAUGAGUCAGACGUGCCAGCUAGCACUCUUCUGGUAUCCUUGGGACGCAAUAAGUUACGAAAUUGGCGAGAGCAAGGUUCGGUGAACCUGGAAGUUUCUGAAAUCAAGAUUCACUCUGAUCAUGUACGAGGCGGAUAUGGUGGAGCAGAUUCGGAUAUUGCUAUUCUAGUUCUUCGUGAACGUGUAGUAUUCACGCCUCUCAUACAGCCCGUAUGUCUUUGGAAAGGACCCAUCGACCUGAACUCCGUCGUCGGUAAAACGGGAUACGUAGUAGGAUGGGGUCGAGAUGAGGAAGGCAAUAAGUACACAGCCGAACCUCGCAUGGCGAGAGUACCUAUUGUUUCCCAGGAAGUCUGUCUACGAAGUAACGAAGGUUUUCUCAAAUCAACGUCAAAUCGUACCUUAUGCGCCGGUUCCAGGGACGGUAGUGGUCCUUGUAACGGUGACAGCGGUAGCGGUCUGGUUUUGCGUGAUCCGAAUACAGGUAGAUAUCACCUGAGGGGCGUCGUUUCAUUAUCAUUAUUUAAUUCGGCUACGAAUACUUGCGAUUGGUCACAGUACGUCGUAUAUGUUGAUGUUGCCAAGUAUCUCGUGUGGAUUCGAAAGCAAAUCGAAUCUACAUGAUGUAUUAUUAUAAUUAUUUUUCCCAUGUAAAACAUUAGCAUACAAGUCUUUCUUGUUCGAAUUAGACUGAAAGUGUAGCCUCUUAAAGAGGUGCUAAAGGAAAUUUCAUCUGUAAGAUGAUACUAAAAGAGCUUGGAAUAUGCACAUAGUACUGUUUCGUUUUUCAACGUGUAAACAGAAUGUUUUGUUCUUUCAGUGACUGUAAGUGACAUUAAUUUAUAUUUGAUGAAAGCUUUCUAUUAUUUAAGUAAUCUUAAUGGAGUAUGUCUCAUCGUACGGUAAAAAUGUCGUGGCAUCAUAUCCGAAUGUGCUCAAUAGGAAUUUACUGUUAAUUUAUUGUACUCAAUCUUACAAACGCUUAUAGUUAAAUUAUUAAAUUAUUGAUUAAAUAAAAAAAAAAGAAUCUA